AUGUCAGAGACCGCAAAGAUAGACCACGAGAUGACCGAGCAUAAUGGUGUGAACAUUGCAAACAAUGGUGCGCCAUUGAGUCGCCAGGUCACAGUCGCUCUCUCGCCCGAGCAGUACGAGCGUCUCUUCUUCCAGCCAUCCGCACCACGUCGCGGAGAUCUCGCAAAGCGGUUUGCGAAUCCAACACUCCUUGGACUGAUAGGAUUCUUGGUUCCAUACACUUCGACUAUCCUCAUAUUGUGCGGAUUCCAAGGUGCGGUGGCUCCGCAGAGCCUAGUCGGCAUCAGCGCCGACUACUACUUCUUUGGAGCACUAGCCAUGAACAUCGCUGGCAUCGCCGAGUUCAUUCUCGGUAACACUUUUCCCUUUGCGGUUUUUAUCAUCUAUGGCAGCCAUUGGGGCAGCCUCGCAUACCAGCAGGACCCAAUACACCAAACCACCUCCGCCUUCGGUGAACUCGGAGGAGCGAAUGGUGCAGCCUACAAUUCGUCUCAAGGGUUUCACAACGUCUCCAUGGUGCUCGCCAGCUUCGUGUUCUUGAUCGGUACACUUCGCGUCAACCUCUUCUUCACGUUUACGUUCUUCGGACUCGUCAUGCUAUUCGGGUUUAUCGCCGCUGCAGAUUUCUCUGUCGCUUCCGCCACGACUGAAGCCGAUCUUGAACACAUUAAUACGUUGUUGCGAUGCGCAGGAGGAUUCGGGUUUUUAGGCUUGAUUUCUGGCUGGUACCUUGCCAUUCUUACUGCUUGCCAAGCCGUGGGAAUCCCAUGCCCGCUACCCAUCUUCGAUUUGAGCAGCAAAGUUUUCCCGGACAAGACCCAGAGUAGCCAAGUCAGUUAA